AUGAGAAGUAUCUGUAUCCCUCCCGAAGACAAUGCGACCCUCUGCCGGACUUAUAUCCAGCUCACCAUGUCUUCCCACAUAGUCCCUAGGGAUCGUUUCCAAAAUGCACUACUAAUUCUCUUUCUAAAACCUCGAGACUUGUGUCACAACCCGUCGUUGUAUCAACUUAUCAAGGGCCUCAGGACUUCGUCGACUAGUGAGCUUCUCCCCCCUGCCCCGUUAACGACGAUCCUCUCCAACUCCAUCACCACCAACCCCCGGCACCGUGGUGAGUUGACCAGGGCAGUCUCCGUCGCGGUUACACUUGCUGGGCCAGCUCGGGCCCGUCACCAGGGGUUUGAAACAAAUAGAGCCUACCUACGGCUACGGAUACAGCUAUGGGACCACCGCGGCUCACUAUUUAACUCCAUCGUUUUGUAUUACUAG